GUCUUUCCAUGCUUGGCGCCAGGCAUGGUUCGUGCUGUCCCUGCUGGCAGCCUGCUGGGCGACGGACGAGCUGGAUGGGGCAGACUCAGAGAUUCGAGUCAAGCCUCACGUCCUUGAGGUGAUUGAGAAGGAGAGCAAGCAGCCUGAUCCCAAUGUGGAGAUCAGGGUUUUGCAACGCCACGGGCGUGCCCCGAUACCGCCGGCUAUGGGCAUGAGCCCGAGCUCGGAGGAGGAGCUCAUGCGCGAGUUCGAUGAGGUGACCAUCGAGUGGAAAACCUCGGAGUUAAUUAGCAGCAUCCUUUUGCGACUGCCAGAGAGGCAGCAGGAGUUGCUAAAAUCCAACGCCACCUUCGACGGUUACAAGUUCUUCACUGGGCCGAACGGAGAAU